CUGCCGGCCAGGCUAACUGGGAAGGCGCCGGCCUCUCGCUUUAUCUCAGGAACACCGCCGGGAAAGGGUCAGAUUUGUGCUCGGAGUGAACAGGGACAGGAGAGGUUCCUGGAGAGCGGGGGGUCGGUUCCCCGGCCGGCCCCGAGUCCUUCCACUGGUCCCGGGCGGGGGAGGGGCGCGCGGUCGGACCCGGUUAUCCAACCUGGCGGCUGGGGGCGCGCGGGGGAGCGAUCCGAGGGGGCCUGUGGGAACGAAGGGGCUUCCGGCUGGCCGUCUGCGAGGCGGCCGGGGCGCUGACCCGCUCUCCAGCUGCAGGGGCCGCGGCCGCAGGCGCGCUCCGGGACGGCUGGAAACCAGCGUGCAGGGUCACUUCCAGCCGGCCCCCCAUGUCAGUGGUCUAGGAUGGCCAGUGAAGCCACCAACAUCCCAAGCCCCGUGGUGCGCCAGAUCGACAAACAGUUUCUGAUUUGCAGUAUAUGCCUGGAACGGUACAAGAAUCCCAAGGUUCUCCCCUGUCUGCACACUUUCUGCGAGAGGUGCCUGCAGAACUACAUUCCUGCCCACAGCUUGACCCUGUCCUGCCCAGUGUGCCGCCAGACCUCCAUCCUGCCUGAGAAAGGCGUGGCCGCGCUCCAGAACAACUUCUUCAUCACAAACCUCAUGGACGUGCUGCAGCGGACGCCAGGCAGCAACGUCGAGGAGUCCUCCAUCCUGGAGACGGUGACCGCUGUGGCUGCAGGAAAGCCUCUCUCCUGCCCGAACCAUGAUGGGAAUGUGAUGGAAUUUUACUGCCAGUCCUGCGAGACCGCCAUGUGUCGUGAGUGUACGGAAGGGGAGCAUGCAGAGCACCCCACAGUCCCACUCAAGGACGUGGUAGAGCAGCACAAGGCCUCCCUCCAGGUCCAGCUGGACGCUGUCAACAAGAGGCUCCCGGAAAUAGAUUCUGCUCUUCAGUUCAUCUCAGAAAUCAUUCAUCAGUUAACGAACCAAAAGGCCAGCAUCGUGGAUGACAUCCACUCCACCUUCGACGAGCUGCAGAAGACUUUAAAUGUGCGAAAGAGCGUGCUGCUGAUGGAACUGGAAGUCAACUAUGGCCUCAAACACAAAGUGCUGCAGUCGCAGCUGGAUACCCUGCUGCAGGGCCAGGAGAGUAUCAAGAGCUGCAGCAACUUCACGGCGCAGGCGCUGCACCACGGCACGGAGACCGAGGUGCUGCUCGUCAAGAAGCAGAUGAGCGAGAAGCUCAACGAGCUGGCCGACCAGGACUUCCCGCUGCACCCGCGCGAGAACGACCAGCUGGACUUCAUCGUGGAGACCGAGGGCCUGAAGAAGUCCAUCCACAACCUCGGCACCAUCCUGACCACCAACGCCGUCGCCUCAGAGACCGUGGCCACGGGCGAGGGGCUCCGGCAGACCGUCGUGGGGCAGCCCAUGUCCGUGACCAUCACCACCAAGGACAAGGACGGCGAGCUGUGCAAGACGGGCAACGCCUACCUGACGGCGGAGCUCAGCACCCCCGACGGCAGCGUGGCGGACGGCGAGAUCCUGGACAACAAGAACGGCACGUACGAGUUCCUGUACACCGUGCAGAAGGAGGGCGACUUCACGCUCUCGCUGCGCCUGCACGACCAGCACAUCCGCGGCAGCCCCUUCAAGCUCAAGGUCGUGCGCUCGGCAGACGUGUCGCCCACCACCGAGGGCGUCAAGCGGCGCGUCAAGUCCCCGGGCAGCGGCCACGUGAAGCAGAAGGCGGUGAAGCGGCCGGCCAGCAUGUACAGCACCGGCAAGCGGAAGGAGAACCCCAUCGAGGACGACCUCAUCUUCCGCGUGGGUACCAAAGGAAGAAAUAAAGGAGAGUUUACAAAUCUUCAGGGUGUAGCUGCAUCUACAAGUGGAAAGAUAUUAAUUGCAGACAGUAACAACCAGUGUGUGCAGAUAUUUUCCAAUGACGGCCAGUUCAAAAGCCGUUUCGGCAUCCGAGGGCGCUCUCCCGGGCAGCUCCAGCGGCCCACAGGAGUUGCUGUGCACCCGAGUGGGGACAUAAUCAUUGCAGACUACGACAACAAGUGGGUUAGCAUUUUCUCUUCAGAUGGGAAGUUUAAGACAAAAAUUGGAUCAGGAAAGCUGAUGGGGCCCAAAGGAGUCUCUGUGGACCGCAACGGGCACAUAAUUGUGGUGGACAACAAGGCCUGCUGCGUGUUCAUCUUCCAGCCCAAUGGGAAAAUCGUCACCAAGUUCGGUAGCCGAGGAAAUGGGGACAGGCAGUUUGCAGGUCCCCAUUUUGCAGCCGUAAAUAGCAACAAUGAGAUUAUUGUUACAGAUUUCCAUAAUCACUCUGUCAAGGUAUUUAAUCAGGAAGGAGAGUUUAUGUUGAAGUUUGGCUCCAAUGGGGAAGGCAACGGGCAGUUUAAUGCACCAACAGGCGUAGCAGUGGAUUCCAAUGGGAACAUCAUUGUGGCGGACUGGGGAAACAGCAGGAUCCAGGUUUUUGAUGGGAGCGGAUCAUUUUUGUCCUACAUUAACACAUCUGCUGAUCCACUCUAUGGCCCCCAGGGCCUGGCCCUCACUUCAGAUGGUCAUGUGGUGGUUGCAGACUCUGGAAAUCACUGUUUCAAAGUCUACCGAUACUUACAGUAACAGCCUCCAGCUGGACACCCCUUCUAAAGGUCUUGCACUAUAAACUGGAAUGGAUUUCUUGACGUGGGACCAGAUUAUGAACCAGACUUUUCAUGCUAGAAGGAAUCUUCGGUGAACUUUCCAAGGUUAUUUCUGAAUGUAGCAAUUUAUUUAAAAACUGCUUAUCCAGUUUCCAGAAUUCAUCUUUAGGAUUUAAACAAACAAACAAACAAAAAACAUCUCUUCUGAAUCUCUGAAAGCUGCGAAGUUUUACACCUGUGAACUAUGGCUUAUAGGACAGGGAUUUAUGUAGUUCAACUAAUUUUGCAAAACAAACAGUAAAAAAAAAGGCCUAGCAUAUGUAAAGAUACUUGUUAAUCCUGUGAAUGGGCACCUUUGUGCAGAGCUUCCAAAAACAAAAUCUGUUGUGGUUAUAUACUUUUUUAAACCUAGGUCACAAGACCCAGGGAAUCUUCUAACCUCAUUUUUGCAGUACGUAUUACUCUUGUGACAUUUUUGGGUUAUCAGUGACUGCAUAGGAAUUACUUUAAGGCUGUCUUGCAAAAUCCUUUUAGCUCUGAUCAGCGGGCCUCUCAAGUUGAGCAUUUAAGAAUCAAUGCAAAUUUCCUAACCUUUCAGGGUUAGAUCAAAGAUCUCUUUGUUUGUUCUUUUCACCUCUUUCCUGUUCACCUUAUUAUCAGGAAACAAAGUCCAUUUUCAGGGAAACCUGAAAUUCCUGAUGCUUUGAAAAUUAUAUUACAAAAGCAAUGCUACCUUGUGUUGGAUGAAAAGCUCCGGAUUAACGUACUGGAAUGUUACUGAGAAAAAGCCCAUUUGAUGUGCCAUGUGUUCACGUGUCUUUCUUCUCCCACUUCAUGAAAGCUAAAGCUUUACCUCCUGCAGAAUGUCAGCACAUGUAGUAGGACACCAGUAUCCUAGGACAGAGAGCCAUAAGGAGCCCUUUGGAGGACUGAUGGUGUCAACCAAAGGCAUGUGAUUGAUUAAUGAUUUCCCCUUAGAGAACAAGUGUUACCAAAGUUCUGUUAUCUCAAGAGCAUUACAGGUAAGGGCAUGUUACGGUUAUUUAUCAUUGUUUAAUGAAUAGUAGAGGCAUUAAGGGACUAUGUAUACAUGAUUAGGGUAAGAUAGAAUGUAUAAUAUAUACGUACAUAUAUAGCUGAAUCUUUGGUGUAUUGAAAUAGGCAGCACGCUGAAAGACAGAAGCAUUAUCUAGCCCAUUCCUUUACCAAUGAAGCUUACACCUGUCCUCACGGGGCAAGCCCUAAGGCAGGUUUGAUUUUUUUGCCCAUUUUCCGGGAACAAUGACGGUGGCAUAAAAUGGCUUUCUGUGCUUUUGAAGGAAGAAAACAAAGGAGAGAAGAAAAAAAAGAUGAAAAGUUGAAAUACAUUUAAGUUAAACUAGUAUAAAUGUAUUUUGAGAACUGUUAAGAGCAAUUUGGUCAGUUGUUCACCUGUCACUGAUACUAUACAAUAAGAUUCGGUCUAUUUCCACUGUUUAAUUUUCUACUCAGUUCUACCAAAUGCAUUGUUGUGUUUGAUAUUUUCAAUAAUGACUUGGGAUCUUUUUCAGUGAAAGCACCUUAGAACUGUACUAUAAGAAAGCAUUUCCUGUACCUAUUAGUAUAUGAAUGUGAUGUUUAUUGCUUAUUAAUUUAAAAUGCAGUCAUUCUCUGUGUAGAACUUUUUAAAAUUUACAAGGGAAGUCUAGCUACUUCCAGUUCUCUGUUAAAUUUAUGAUGCCCAAAUCAAGACCUGAAAAAUUCUUUUCAGGAAGAUUAACAUUUAGGUUUAGUAAUUUUUUGAUUUAUGUAGACUUUAAAAUAUUCAAGCCUGUCGGUGAUAAAGUCAUAAAAUUUACCAAUUCUAAUUUUUAUAAUUUAAACUAAGAUACGGUUUCCUAAGGUUAGUGAAACAAGUCUUUGAAUUUAUUUUUUCUCCUUCAAUGGCAGUGAUUGGACCCAGGGCCGUUCAUACAUGCUAAGCAUGAACUCAACCACAGAGCUAUACCUGUAGACCAAGUCUUUGAACUUAAAUAUCCAUCACACUUCCAGGUAGUGGAAAUAGAAUGAUGGAUAAACAGACAAAAAUUCUUGUCCCCUUGGACUUUACUCUCUGGGGAAGAAAUUUCAUUUUGCAACUUACUAAUAUCCUACCUGAAAGAUAGGGUAGGUCCUUGAUAAUUCUUGGACUAUUUAAAAGGAAACAAUUUUAAACUGGUUAGAUUAAUUUUAGUGUAUUUUCAUGAAUAAAAAUGCAUUUCUAUGUAGAGUCUCACAGACUUUUUUCUUUUUCUUUGGUACUAGAGAUUGAACCUAGAUCUCCAUAUGUGCCAGGCAAGCGCUCUACUCACUGAGCUAUAUUCUUAGCCCUUGAUUUUAAAACUAGUUUACCUAAAGAGGCUUUUUUUCAACAUCAAAAUGUCUGUGAACUUAAAAAUUAACUUAUAAACUAAUCAGCCAUUAUAUCAUAUCAGUCUAGAUAGCUCAGUAAUAGGUUGAACAAAAAGCUAUUUUACAUGUUUACAUGUUAUAAAUUGGAAUACAAGGAUAGGUUGACUUUGAUCUGUUCCACUCUCUCUUAUUAAAACACAUGCUAUGGGCACUCCAGGAAAUACUAUAUUUUUUUCCCAAAACAUAUAUAAUUAUGUAUGGUAUAGAUAACAUUUCCCACGUGAAUACAUACGUGCGUUUACUGUAUUUCUUGGUAAGCAUAUUUUUGAGGAAAGUGCUGCUUAUAAGAUACAAAUAGACAAGAUUUAGGUGAAGUUUUGUCCCAUUCUAUAAAAUGGUUUCUGGUAAACUGAGAAGGAUAUUAAAAUAAGUGACUUUUUUCUGGGCUACCAGUAUUGUUUGAUUUCUUUGUCAAGUGUAUAGAACCUGUCAUAUAUUCAUGAUAAGUAGCGCUGAAAAGUACUCAUUCAGAUUUCUCCUGGGCACUUCUGGCAAAAUAUUGCCAGUUAGAAUUUAAAGGUCAGUAACAAGUAUUCUGUCCCGUCACAAACCUCCCCUGCUGGCCAUGGGAAGGUAGGGAGUCACGUGACUGUCCAGAAAGAAACACAUGAACAAAAAGCCUUCAUGACUCUUGGCCAUUUUUUUAACGGUAUGUAGUAUUUUGGUGAAACUUUAGUCCCUAUAACUAAACAAGUCCCCAAAUUUCCUUAUUUUCAUUUAGACUGUGACUAGAUUGAAGCUAAUAAGUAACUCUAGAUCCUUGCAACUAUUGCACACUUGGUUCCACUACUAAAUACAGGGUAUGUCCUCACAUGGAAUGAACUGGAAUAGCAGUACACUAGCAAGGAUCAAGGAGUCCUUCCACUGAAGGAGGGGUACAAAUGCUUUGGUAGUAGUAUCUUCUGGGUCAUUUUGAGGAACUAGCAAGUCAAUGUCAAAUAAGCUUGCGAAUUACUUCAAAUGAGAAAAAUGUUUUUCUACAUUUGAGCUCUAUUCCUUUCUAUUAACCAGCUGAUGAAAAGGGAGGAGUGUUUAGUUGAAGAAUCAAAAAACAAGGCAUUGCCAGAGAAGAGGAAAUAGAAACUAUUGGACCCAAACCUUAUCGAAUUCCGCUUAAAACAGAAAAAGUAAUACUAUCGCUUUCUGUGAACGUUGCAGGGUUUUAAACUUUACAAUUAUUUUAAUAUUUUUGAUAACUAGGAAUCUAGUAUUGCCAUAAAGGAAACUUAAGUGCCCAUUAAAGAUUUGUUUGAUAUAAAUAAAUAAUUUUUUGUUUUGUUUUAAAUGACAGAAAGCUACAAAUCAUGAUGCUAAGCUUAAAAACUUUUAAAGAUGAAUUGUGUGGCAGUGAUUGUGUGGUCUGUUUGUGGAGACUGUAUGAAAGCUAUUAACUAAUAUUCUAGGUUAGAUUAAUAAAUUGGCUGUUGUUCCAAUGAAUGUACAGCACUUCCACUAAUUUUUGAAAGCAACACAGCCUUAAACUCAAUUGCUUUUGCUUUAUGACAUUGGAAUGUUCUGUCAUCGUCAGAGUGUAUUCUUGUAGUAGAAUUCUUUAUGUCACUCUCAGUUCUAUAACUUUGGAUAUUCUGUAUGAUUAUGAGCAUUUUUUGCUUUGUUCGUUUCCUUUUUAGAUUUUUACAUUCCAUCUUUCUAGGUUUGUUUCAUACAUUUUGUGUAUAGAACACUAGGUCUUGUGCUCUCUGACACUGAUACUGAUAUAUUCUCAUCGUUUGUUCUUUUAUGAAUCAAAAUGCUGACUGCCUAUUUAAAGAAGAGAAUGAAUGCUGUGCAUCAAAGUGUUUGUAUGUUCGUAGCUACAUACGUACCACAGUAUUUUGGAUGCUUUAGUCUACAAUAAAACUUUAAUUCUGUCUUGAAACAUAGGAGAAACAAGAUUCAUGUGUAUAUCUUUACCAUGCACAAAAUCUCAAAUCAUUAUAAUAAAGCUUGUUUUCUCCA